CGUGCUCAGAUUUUUAUCCUGACUCACUGCAUAGACAUGGCCGCAGAUUACAAAGAGAGAGAGUUCCAGGCAUGGCCCAACCCCACAUACUCUGUUUUCAAAGUCUUUAUCGCGACCCAGAAACUCCAGAGAAGCUUCCCCUCUCUCUCUAAACUGGCCGCCGUGGAUUUUAUAUAUUCGAUCUGAUUGCCUUUUCCAUGUUGAUCAGAGGACUAAGCCUUUGUAGUUCUCCCCUUGCCUGUUCUUUCCCACAGGUCCAUGAAUCCAUAAGGAUGAUGCCCUUCCUUUGUUUUUGCUUUGUAGGAAGAAGAAGAGUGCUAUAGAAUGGUCUUUUACAGGGGCAUAUAUUGAGAUUUCUUCUUCAGUGCGUUGAGAACUUACUUGAUAGAGAUCCUAUUGCUUCUCUGAAUGUGUAUCACACCAUUGUUAAGUUAAGCUAUGAGUCACGGAAUGCCUAAAUUUGUGAGGUUUCAAGACUUGAGUUCAGAGAGAUCCUCAAGUGGGGGGAAAAGCUUUUCUUCCGAACAUGGAUUAAUAGGGUCUAUAUCUGACAGGCUUCAUAGAGGCUUUGAACAGGGAUCACAAAGGAUAAAAACCAUUGGCCAAUCCUUUCAUUUCCGAGGUUCGCAAAAUUCAUUGAAGCCAAGCUCAGAGUCUGAGAAAAAGGUACUUGAUCCACAGGGAAAAUUUCUCCAAACAUGGAACAAAAUAUUCGUGGCAACAUGUGUGCUUGCAGUAUCUGUGGACCCCUUGUUCUUAUACAUUCCAGUCAUUAGCAAGGAUGCGAACUGUCUUGAUUUGGAUAACAAGUUGCAAACUACUGCUUGUGUGUUGCGCUUCUUCACGGACAUCUUUUAUGUGGUGCAUAUUUUCUUUCAAUUUCGAACUGGAUUCAUUGCCCCUUCCUCUCGAGUCUUUGGAAAAGGGAUUUUGGUUGAAGAUUCUUUUGCAAUAGCAAAACGCUACUUGGCACCAUACUUUAUAAUUGAUGUUCUUGCUGUUCUACCAAUACCCCAGGUUGUUAUCUUGCUUAUUAUACCCAAAUUGAGUGGUGCCGUUCCACUGAAUACCAAAAACCUGCUGCGGUUUGUUAUUCUAUUCCAGUAUAUACCUAGAGUCAUUCGAAUAGUUCCCCUGUACAAAGAGGUUAUAAAGGCCUCUGGCCUGAUAACUGAAACGGCAUGGGCUGGAGCUGCUUUCAAUCUAUUUCUGUACAUGCUUGCAAGCCAUAUACUUGGAGCAUUUUGGUAUUUACUUGCAAUUGAAAGGCUAGAUGCUUGCUGGAGAAAGGAGUGUGCACCAAAAGGAUGCCUGUCAUCUAUAUAUUGUGGAACAGAACAACCAACUCAAAAUACCUCAUUCCUGAAUGCUAUGUGCCCCAUGUCACUUGAAUCUACGGGGGGUUUUGACUUCGGGAUAUACAGCCCAGCUCUUAGCUCUGCUAUUGUCAAAUCUAGAGAUUUUCCUCAGAAAAUCUUCUACUGCUUUUGGUGGGGUCUUCGAAAUCUUAGUUCUCUUGGCCAAAAUUUAGCAACCAGCACUUACGUCUGGGAGAUUGCAUUUGCUGUUUUAAUUGCCAUAAUGGGCUUGGUGUUAUUUGCUCUUCUAAUUGGCAAUAUGCAGACAUAUUUGCAGUCCACUACUGUAAGAUUGGAAGAAAUGAGGGUAAAACGGCGAGACGCGGAGCAAUGGAUGUCCCAUCGAAUGCUCCCUGAAAGCUUAAGGGAACGUAUCAGGACAUAUGAACAAUAUAAAUGGUUGGAAAACAGAGGGGUGGAAGAAGAUGUUUUGAUUCGUAAUCUUCCAAAGGAUCUUAGAAGGGACAUAAAGAGACAUCUUUGCUUGGGUUUACUUAAGAGAGUUCCUAUGUUUGGGACCAUGGAUGACCAGUUGCUCGAUGCCUUGUGUGACUGCCUGAAGCCAUCUCUCUUCACCAAAGGCAGCUACAUCAUACGGGAGGGUGAUCCAGUCGAUGAGAUGGUCUUCAUCAUGAGGGGGAGACUAGAGACCGUCACUACCAAUGGAGGAAGGACUGGUUUUUUCAAUUCUGAUUUCCUUAAAGAAGGCGACUUCUGUGGUGAAGAGCUUCUCACUUGGGCCUUGGACCCUAAUUCAUCAUCUAAUCUCCCUUCCUCAACAAGAACUGUAAAGGCCCUUUCAGAGGUUGAGGCCUUUGCUCUCAUGGCCGAUGACUUGAAGUUUGUGGCCACUCAGUUUAGAAGGCUUCAUAGCAAGCAGCUUCGCCAUACUUUCAGGUUCUAUUCUCCACAAUGGAGGACUUGGGCUGCUUGUUUCGUUCAAGCUGCAUGGAGAAGGCAUUGUAGAAAGAAGAUUGAGGAGUCAUUGCAUAAAGAGGAGGAUAGGUUAAUGAGAGCUGCGAUGGCGAGGGAUGGUUCGACCAUGUCCCCAAGCCUUGGGGCUGCUGUUUAUGUGUCGAGGUUUGCUGCGAUUGCACUUCGGAACGCGAGGCUGGGGCGCAGGAGGGUGCCAGAUAGGACCCCGCUGGUGAGGCUACAAAAGCCUGCUGAACCAGAUUUUGGUUCGGAUGCUGAUAGUUAGCAUGCGUGCAAAGUCUCUUUCUGGUUGGUGUGGUUUUGGUUGAGGUACAAGCUCCGAGAUAACAACCUCGAUCCCUCAUUUAAACAGAGACCCAAUGCAAAAAGAAGGGCCACGGAUCUCUAACUUCAGUCUUCCCUUUCAGUGUGUUAGUUCUGGUUAUGUAAAAAAUCGCAUGGAACAGUCUUAAUUAUUGUCGUGUAUAGUAGGAAGUACAGACCAUGAUAGAGCAUGUUUGCUCUGGCAAUUGCUAAAGAAAAAUUAGUUUCCUGGUAAGUGAGAACAUGGAUGCUAAUGUAUGAGGCUUUUUCGGGGCUGGGUUGGAACUCGUCUAUCCUCGUUUCUGGACGAAACUUGGGAUACUGAAGCUCUAUUUUACUGUGAGUAUGAUACUAGUUAAAAAUGUUAUUUGGUGUUGUUAAC